UUUUGUGUUUGACAUAAUCUAUUACAUACAAAAAUUUCUAAUUUGAUUGACCACAAGUUCUAAGAGUAGAUUUUGAAGAUUAUUUUUUAAAUAUAUGUUUGAUAUUUUCAAGUUGUCAUGAACUAACUCAUACUUUCAUUAGUACAAAUUAUUUAAAUACGAAAAAUAUUCAAGUUGACAACUCUACCCUACCCUGCUUUGGCCGCAGUAGUCAAAUUUCUCUUUCUUUUAGGUUUAAGCACGAUAGGCAAAUAAAAAGGGUCCAACUUGAUUAAUGAAACCAAAAAAAAAAAAAAACAUUAUCAAAUUUUGUACGGCAAUGAAAAAGUUGUUGUCUUUCUUCUGAAGAAAAAAAAGGAUUCUUGACUAGGUGUGGGACUGGGAGUGUAAAGAAAGAAAAAUGGUGAUGCAAUGUUGGUCAACUGAUUUCUUGCCCUUUUUGGCAAUGGUGAUGGUGGAAUGUUGUGAAAUGUUGAUGAUUACACUUGGUAAAGCAGCCAUGAAUGAUGGAUUGAACAAUCUUGUUUAUGUUGUUUACUAUAAUGCCCUUGGUACCCUUUUUCUUCUUCCUUGCUUAAUCUUCCAUAGACACAGAAGCAAUAUGGUUCCUAUUACUUUGCCUAUAUUGUGGAGAUUCUUCCUUCUUGGCCUGUUGGGAAUUUGUUUGGUGCAAGCUGUGGCCUUUACAGGUAUUAAGUACAGCACUCCUACACUGGCAGCUGCUUUAGGGAAUUUGAUGCCAGGUUUUACAUUUUUGCUUGCCAUCAUUUUCAGGAUGGAGAAGUUAGAUAUAACAAAGGCCAGCAGUCAAGCAAAAUCUGUGGGCACCGUAGUGGCAAUUAUGGGGGCAUCCAUCAUGACAUUAUACAAAGGACCAAGGGUACUAGGAUCAAAUUUACCUUCUGAUUCAUCCCAUCACGAGUUAGUACUUUCACAAGAAUCAAACUGGAUAUUGGGAGGUCUUCUGAUUACUACCACCUGCAUCAUGUCUUCUGGAUGGAACAUUCUUCAGACAGAUACCGUGAAGAAAUACCCCGAACACAUGACAAUAGUGUUUUUUACUUGCUUCUUUGGGAGUAUUCAAUGUGCAAUUUUAACUCUGGCAUUAGAAAGCAAUCCAAAGACAUGGAUGGUGAAGCCUGGGAUUGGGAUGAUAGCCAUUGUUUUCUCCGCGGUUUCCGGAAGUGUCUUCCGUUACAACGUUUUGACAUGGUGCUUAGACAAGAAAGGUCCUCUUUAUGUGGCCAUGUUCAAGCCCUUGGGAAUGGUCAUAUCAGCAAUCCUGGGGAUCAUAUUCCUUGCAGAUCCACUCCAUUUAGGAAGUGUUAUUGGAGCAGUAAUUAUAACUGCUGGAUUUUAUUCUGUUCUGUGGGGGAAGGCUAAGGAGAUCAAGUCCAUGGUUGAAGUUGAGGACAUUGUUUGUGUAAUUGACUCAACAGAUCAAACAAGCCCUCUAUUGCACAAGUAACUUGUGGCAAGAAAAACAUAAGACUAAGUAAUGUAGUAAAGUUGGUUAAGCUUCUUCUGUUAGUAACUUCGCAUUUUAUGCCAUCAAGAAGUUGGUAAAUUCUACUCCCUCUGUUUCCAUUUAGUUGUUAACGAUAAAACACAACCCUUAAAAAUAAUAGUUUAGAGUGUAACUAGACCAUUAUAUGUCUUGUUAAUUUUCAAUCUCGCUCUAUUUAUGUGCGAA